AUGUUUGAAGCUGAGGCUUAUUGGUCUGUUUUGAGGGAUAGCAAUGGACCGUACUUCCAAGCAGCAUUGAGACACCUGGGCAUAGAUGCCGCGUAUUUGAGAGUCGUGGAAGACGAUCAAGGGAGGUUUGAAGAGGUUAUAGAAAAGGCUCUAGCUACAGGCUCGUACGACGCUUUCAAUACGACAGGAGCAGUGUCCGUUAGGAAGUUUGACUUCAUCCGCCAGGGCCUCACCGACUUCGAAGCCAAAACACGUUUCCGUAAGGUUGCCAUCAGGCCUAGACAUCCUGUCCUCUUUGCUAUGCUUUCACCACACGGACAAGACGUCAAGAAUAAGCAGCGAGAAGGAUCCCUUCUUUUGCUUGCCAGGGAAUCGCCUGACCACUGUUGGCUGCUUCAAUUUCCUAGUCAUGCCACAUCUCCGAUUCUUCCACGGGCAACCGGACGAAAAGCCCAUCGUGCACAGCUCAACGUUCUUGGCUCUCCAUCACAGCGGUCCAAUUCCUCAGACGCCGUUCGCAAAGCCGUCAGAAAGCCAAGCCAUCUACGCUUGUUCUGGCAUGGAAUAAUCGACGGUACAACAAGCCAAGUCACCCUGAGUAAGGACCAAGGAUCAAAUGAGGUCAGACCAUUGCUUUCCGCCAAUUGCUGGGUCGUUGCCCCUAAAGGUCCAGAGCAGAUCUCGCGUGGUACUUGGGCGGACUGCUAUUCGUCGCUGCCAUCCUCCAUUGGUGGCGACACCCCAAAGAGAGAUUCAACGGAUCAGAACUCAAGUUCUGAACCACUGCGUUCUGCAGCCGGUCCUUGCUGGAUAUUUGCGUCUAUGAAAUGGUUUGCUCUGCCGCAAUGGAUACCGUGA